GGUGUUUAACAGACCCGGAUGUAACAGAGCUACACGUUAGCUCCUCAGAUGCUAACAGUAGUUUCAAAGCUCGUCUAUAUGUGGUUAGCAUCUCUCCCGCUAGCUGUUAGCAUCUACAGUGAAGGGUCCUCCGUUACCGUGGAGACCGCUUGGACCACACUGAGGUUGCCAUGGCGAACAGGACCGACCCAAAAGCCUCGAGCCAAACCUCGUGUCCCGAGGAAGAACUGAGGAAGCCUGGCGGCCGGCGGCCUCGCCGGCGCGCUGCUGCCUUCUCGGCCGCUCUGAGUGGGCGGGGCCAGAGAACCAAGAGGCGGAGCCAGAAGGAGAAGGGGCGGAGCCAGAAGGAGAAGGGGCGGAGCCAGAAGGAGAAGGGGCGGGGCCAGAAGGAGAAGAGGCGUGGUCAGGAGGAGAAGAAGGAGGGUGUGACGGUGAAGCGAACGUACAGCGAUGGGAAGAGGCGCUGGGAUAAGAAGCAUUACUGCGUGUUCUGCCGGCGGCCGCAGGUGAAGAUCGCUCGCCACCUGCUGAGGAAACACUCCGACCAAGAGGAAGUGGCGGCCGCCAGCGCGCUGCCCACGGGCUCCAAACAACGCCACCUGCUGCUGGAACACCUGCGCUGCCGCGGAAACUACAUGCACAACAUCGAGGUGAUCAGACAGGGCAGUGGAGAGAUCGUCCCGUGGCGUCAGCCCUCAGAGGAAGUGGAUGCAAGGAACUACCUCCCCUGCCCCCUCUGCCUCGGUUUCUUCCUCCGCGCUGACCUCUGGAAACAUCAGGCGUCCUGCCGCAAGAAGCUGACCACUGACCCCUCAAGGGACCCCACCUCCACCACUGAUCCUUCAAGAGACCCCACCUCCACAGCAGACACAACCAUUGACCCCUCGAGGGACCCCACCUCCACUUCAGACACAACCACUGACCCCUCAAGGAACCCCACUUCCACAGCAGACACAACCACUAAUCCUUGCACCACUGACCCUUCAAGAGACCCCACCUCCACAGCAGACACAACCACUGACCCCACAGGUAAGUCGGCCUGUGAUCCAGCAGACAACGGGGCCACAGAGGGUGCACCUUCUGACCCCUUGGGAGAUAAGACCACAGCACACCAGACCGGGACCAAGCGGCCCGUGACCUCUGACCCCAGUGUGGAUCAGGAUGUGACCUGUGACCCCGGCGGGCCAGAGCUGCCCAGGAAGCGCAGCAGGGUCCAGGCUGCAGCGUCCCGCCUCCUUCCCAUUUCCAGCGGAGCGUCUGAGAGCUGCAGCGAAGUCCUGCAUCGCAUGAACCAGGACCACGUCUCACACCAGGUCAAAUCUGAUUGGCUGAUCUGUAAAUACGGAAACAAGUUGAUGGGGAACCAAGAUGGCAGCCAGAGGAGGUACGACUACGUCAGUCAGAAGCUGCGGGAGCUCGGCAGGUUCGUCCUUGCUGCUAUAUCUCUGGACUCUGGCGUUCGGACCCUGCAGGACCUUCUGGCUCCGGGCCGCCUCAGCCUGGUGCUGGCCGCUGCCAGAAAAGCUUCUGGAUACCGCUGGAGUCGCCCUCCGCUGGCCGUGAAGACCACACUGAAGACGGUUUGCGAGAUAGCCAUCGGAGAGAGUCUGCAGGACGGAGACUGGGAGGCUGCAGCCAAGACCACCGACUUCUACCACCUGCUGGGGAGGGAGUGGGACAACCUGGGGCUGCUGGACCCCGACCACCACACAGCCACUUCAGUAGAGGAAGCUAAGCUGAAGAAACGAUCGGUCCAAUCAAUAAGUGAGAAGUGUAAAGAGCCGUCUGACCCAAGACCAGAGGUUCCAGCACAGAGCAGUAAUCGACCACUGACCUCCAUGAUUCAAAUAGAGUCCAGACUGCAGACCCCGAUCACAGUCCCCGUUGCUCCGAGGAAGGUCCGACGUCGGCCCUGGUCGUCUGCAGAGAAGGAGGCAGUCUGGAGACAGUUGGGAGUCCACGUUCUGGUCCAGUCGGUGCCAGGGAAGGAGAUCUGUCAGCGCUGUCUGGACCUGGAACCGGUCCUCAGAGGACGACACUGGAAGGACAUCAAGAACCAGGUCCACAACCAGAUCCAGAGCCAAAAGAAGCAGCAGUUCCACGCCCAGAUGGACCUUCAAGACAACCAGGAACAACAAGAGCAAAUCCAAAAUCACAAGAAGCAGUACCAGGCUCAGGUAGACCAACACGGCACGGACCACAACCAGAAGAAUACCCAGAUGGACCACCAGGACCAGGACAACAUUCAGAAUCAGAAGAAACAGCAGUACCAUACCCAGAUGGACCUCCAGGACCUUGACAACAUUCAAAAUCAGAAGAAACAGCAGUACCAUACCCAGAUGGACCUUCAGGACCAGGACAACAUUCAGAAUCAGAAGAAACAGCAGCACCAUACCCAGAUGGACCUCCAGGACCAGGACAACAUUCAGAAUCUCAAGAAACUGCAGUACCAUACCCAGAUGGACCUUCAGGACCAGGACAACAUUCAGAAUCAGAAGAAACAGCAGUACCAUACCCAGAUGGAUCUUGAAGUUCAGAAAAAGCAGCUGUGCCAUGCGAGAAUAGCACACCAGGACCAAAUUCAGAUCCAUAAAAAGCAGCUGUAUCCAAUGGGCGAGCAUCGGGACACUUCUGUACUGACGGGUCCACAUUAUGGUUCUGAGGGGCCACAUCGAGCCCCGGGACAGUCCCUACUGGAGCGGGAGCCCGGUCUCAGUCCAUACCAACUCCCACACAGGACUCUGGGGCCUCACAUGGACCAGCUGCUGUCCAGAACCGAGUGGACGGACGAGUCUUUGGCCCAACACUACUCGGUCAGCAGGCAGCUGGACCGGAACCUGCAGCCCAAUCCACACUCUGGACAUGUCCACUUCUGAUGGACCGUACUAAUGACUGGUGGGGUGUAAUGGUUCAGGGUUAGGGUUCGGACUGGGAAGGAGGAUCUGAGCAGAGGUACAUAUAAAUUAAAACUAUCUCCUUACCAGGACAUUUGGUGCUCUUAUACGUCCUCACCUUACCUUCUGCUGUGCUCCUGUCAGAACUACUACGGCCACUAGAGGGCGCCGCCACUAGUAACUAGAUAUAGACCAUAGUGAUGCUGGAACCAACGAGUUAUAGGGGAGGAAUACACAUACCGUUACAACCUGAUAAUGACUGUAUUAAGCAUUUGGCCUCCAUUAGUCUCUGGUCUUCCUGAACAGCAUUAAAUAGUCCUCUCCCACAACAAACACUUAACAAGCUGUACAUGAAUUGUGUUCUAUUUAUUUAACCAUACGGACAUUUAAAAGUCACCAUAUGUAAAUGUAAAAUAAAUCUAUAUUAGUAGAGAGAAGAAA